GUUCUGCCAGUUGUGGCAAUGUGCGGUAGAUCGUAUUAUAUACCAAAUCGCCGAUGGAGGAUGUUUAUAGUCGAGAUAAGCUUGAGUCAUUAGUAUUAUCGUACACUUCACCAGAGUUCUCAGUGGCCCCAACAUCUUUCAUUGAUCUGACGGUAGGAUAUAACUCAGAUCUAAUCGAGUCUUCAACAAACAAUCACAGUUUCACUAAACCUUUCAUACUCUACGCGCUAGGCACGAAUAUUUACGGGGGAAGGAAUGGACAGCAAGUACAGCUUGCUUGCAAAUGAAAUUGAGGACGAGGAAGAUGUGACAUCAGUAGCGACUCGGAUUCCACGUUCAUGGCAACUAUGCACACACUGGCGACAGGCAAAGGCCUAUCCAAAAGCAAAACAAGUUCACCAAUACAUGAAAGUUCUGGGGAAUUUACUCGUUUACUUGCUUGCACUUUGGGGCUUCAUCAAUAUUGUUCAAGAGUUGUCCGUAGCCUAUCGACAUGACCCCAGAGCCUACACCACUCAGGGUGACAUAGCAGAAGGCUGCGAUUGCGGAGAGUCAGUUGCAGAAGCCAUAUCACUGGGAUGCAAAUUCGACGCGUUGUCAAUGGCUUGGUUGCCGGAGCACUGUAGAGACGACGAACUUACAGCAGAGUUCGACACGACCGGAAAAGGUCCAAACGGAACUUGGAUUUACUACGCGGACACUCAGCACACCGCGGAAAUGAACGUGUUUGAAGUUGCAGCAAUAGGAGACGACCCUUCCAAGCGCGCGCACAUGGACAAAGACUGGCACCAAACACACUGCUUCUACUAUUGGCUAAAGCUACAUCGUACGAGGUCAAACGGCAAGAUCAUCGAGCCGAGGUCAGAUACUGAAGCCCACAUUAGACACUGUGGUAUGGUAUUUCGUGAACCGGGGUAUGGAACCAUUUCGGGUGUCGCUCUGAACACCAACGAAGCGGUGGCAGAGUAAGCAUAAAGUAGCAGUUCAAAUAGUGUAUGUAUCAAGUUCGUAUCUAAUCCACUGGUUGAAUACUUGUGAUAUUAAUGCCUUGGACAAAAGGCUCCAUAACCGGCU